AUGGCUACGAAUGAACAAGCACUCGAUCAGGUUCCCCCACUUGAAAAGGAGCUGGACGAAGCCAGCAUCAUGUCCUCCCUUGCCCGCCUGCAAGAGGUUCAUAUUUCCCUUCGCAACCUUCGUGAAACAAUCCCCAAAGUCAUGGAUUCCGUCCUAGUCGACCCCCUCUCUCCAGACCAGCUACACUCGAAUUUCUCUCAAGCAGCCAACGGUGCCGCCCAAGCCAUUAAGCAUUUCACACAACUAAUGGAAGACAGCGGGACCAAAGAGGUGAUGGAAAGGGCCAAAGAGAGUAGGACGGAGAACGGCGAAGGCAUCACAGGGUGGAAGGUCAUAGAACAUGAGGAUUGGCUCGAUGUCAAACAGGAGGAUGGCAACGAUGAUGUUGAUAAAGAGGAGGAAGGUACCGCCGAGGCUGGUGACGCUCUCGGCUUGAAAGACGUGAAUGAGGCGCUGGACAAGUUUCGUUCCGCACACGUGGGCCUCGAGGCUUCAUUGAUCGAGGAUUCAAGGAUGGUGACUCUCCAUCUACCUUUGCCAGCUCAAAUCAAUUUCCAGAUUCAGCUCAAUACCACCCCUGAAGGACCUAACAAUUACAGCGUUGACAGCAAAGACAAAUCAAAACUUCACAGAGCAAUUCUUGAGGCAAUCAGAACACGUCCUAGACCAAACGAUUUGAAUGAUCUCCUCGAAAUGCUGGCUUCAUACUUGGACAUCAAAUCAAGACCCUGCGUGAAGUGUUCCCGGCUGCUCGACCGCAAUGCUCAGUUCCCGAUCAUCAGAUCAAGAAAAAGGACCAAGCAACCUGAUGGCCGAUUUGCAAGCCAGUGGCUGGCCUUGCACGCAGCAUGCAACUAA